AUGUACAUGAGGGGCCAUGAUCCAUCUCAUCGUCCGUACCAAGGAGAACCUGGACAGAAGAAGCAGAAGAAGAAGCAGAAGAAGAAGAAGAAGAUGAAGAGGAAGAUGAGGAUGAAGAGGAAGAUGAGGAGUCUCGAGUCUCUGCAGGAGUUCGUCCGGCUGCGUUUAAGUGCGGCUGUGGAAGACAUCUUGGUCCAUGUGGAGAAAACCAUGAGGGAGUUUGAAGAGGAGACGGAGGCUAAGCUAAUGCUAACAGCUGGAGGGAAGCGCAGCUCAGCAGUGUCUCCUGCUGACGUCCAGCAGGUGCUGGUGAAUGAAGACGCUCAGUCUGAGGACUCGUUCAUUAAAGAGGAGCCAGAGGACGUCCCCCUGAAGACUGAGGACGAGGAGGACGGAGGACCAGGCCCGGCCAGAGUCUUCGGUCCAGAGAGACGUUCAGAGCCGAUGGUUGGAGACGAAGCUUCAGAUGAAGCGGAGACUGAUCUCAGCGACGGUUACCUGAAGACAAGGAGACCGGAGGCUGAGAGACACCACGACGCUGCAGCGGGACGCACGGGAAAGAAGUUCUUCAUCUGCUCUGAGUGCGGCCGGCGCUUCGGCCGAAAGGACAGUUUACGGAGACACAUGAGGUACCACACAGGAGAGAAACCCUACAGCUGCUCCGUCUGCGGGAAAAGAUUUUCUCAGAGGCCAAACUUACUCCGUCACAUGAGAUGUCACUCAGGAGAGAAACCCUUCAGCUGCUCCUUCUGCAGAAUGAGCUUCGCCGUUCGUAGCGCGCUGGUGAACCACAUGAGGAUCCACACCGGGGAGAAACCCUACAGCUGCUCGUCCUGCGAGAAGAGCUUCACACAGAGAGGAGGGCUGAAAAAACACAUGAGCGUCCACACCGGGGAGAAACCCUACAGCUGCGACAUGUGUGAGAAGAGCUUCUCUCAGAAAGCCAACCUGACUUAUCACUCGUCCGUUCACACGGGACAGAAACAGUUCAGCUGCAGCGUCUGUGGCAGGAAGUUUUCCUGGCAGUCGCAGGUCAAGAGUCACAAGUGUGUCGGAGAAAGCAACAGCUGACGCUGCUGUUUCAGGCUGAACUGUGACAUAAAGGAACCAAAACUCUUCACGUCUGUAAAUAAACAUUCAGUGUCUCAGAUUUAGUUUGGUUUGUUUUUUAAAAGUCAAAUGAAAUCUGGUCAGUUUCAUAUGUGACAAAGAUUCGAUCAUCAGGUGAAUCCAUCAGAGCCUGACUCUGAACGGAGAGUUUGGACGCGGCACAGGUCCUUAAACGCCUCAGAGAGCGACCGACUGACGGCUCAAACCGAAUGAACAUCAGCAAACAGGGAGAAAAGCCAACAGAUCAAUGAACAGAGUCAUUUAUUCACAGUGAUGUUUGAGUCUGGUAACCGGGUCCUUCGGCCAAUCAGAGACAUUUAGAUUCAUCAGUCAUGUGUUUUAUCUACUGAACAGUGGUUAUAACACGUAAAACAUUUACUACAUGUUUCAGAUGAUUCAUUAUUUAACAUUUAACACUUUGAAAAGUUUGUACCAUUACAAGCAACUGGAGAAAAUCACCUGUAGAAAUAAAACAUUUCAAACAACAAGA